AUGCAGAACGAACAGCUAAACGAAUUUACUCCAGCAGAGCAUAUUCAUCAGAUUCGCUCAUAUUUCGAUAUCAUAGACAAUGCAGUUCAAAUUGGUGACACUAAUAGAAAAUAUUCUGACGCAAAGAUUCCAUCACAACCUGGAACUGCUAAAGAUAACACAUGGGUAACAUUCAAUCUCUCACCUCCUGGUGAAAAUAUGUUGGACCUUUACAAUACAUUCAUUACGUAUAAAAUGGAAGGUCAAUUUAUUGUAGAUAAAGAAAUUGGUUCAGGUUCCAAUAAAACAAACCCACCAGGAUUUUGGAUUGGUUUCGAUGACGCUUUCUAUGCAGUUGCUGGAUAUCAAAUCCUUGCAAAUGGUCGUAUCGUAUAUUCUCAAGACAACGCAAGAGAAGAAGCAUAUAUAACUUCAAACUCACAAACUACCGAACAAAUAAAGAAAGUAGAUGUUUUCUCAAAGACUCGACAUGAAGAUGUAUGGAGUCAUUCGGGAACAUGCAGAACAGGACAAAUUGUUAGUGGUCCAAUUACAGCAGGAAAAUCAUUUGAUUUUAAGCUUCGUUUAAGAAUUCCUGUUAGAAGAUUCCUUCCAUUAGAAGCUAUUCGAUUUAUUCCAGCUUUUGCAGGAAACAUUCAGCUUAAAGUAAAGUUCAGUAGCGACG